AUGUCUUCCUCCAGCAGAUCCUCAACGUCCUCGUUAUGUUCCGAUGAUUCAGAUCAGCCGUCAUCAACAUCCUAUGACGGCAGUCACUUGUCAUGGCGAGCUUUCCGGCGGGAGGUGUUAACAAGCCAUCAGAUCCGCGUUCUUGACAGCACACCAAAGGACCGUAUACCGUCGUCUUUCCUGCAGAUGUUCGAAGCUGCAAAUGAUGACUCGUCUCGUUUUGACGAACAAAGGAUCUGCUUCUGGAAUCAAGUCGCUACAGGCCGAGGGUUCGGAUCUUCACCAAUAUUUCCUCCAAAUCUGCUGCCGCCCCUUACAAGCGAGCCGCUCUCCCGCUGUAUGGUGCCAUCAUUCAGCAGCCGUGAAGCUCUGCCCGAACGAGCUGUCAACCAUGCCGGACCGAUGUAUGAUCUUUCCGUACCACAUCCUAGCCUAGUCUGCGGGUUUUCGGCAGCUGCGUUCUUGAGCAGAGAAUUGUCGCUUCUCCCACAAUCGCUUCAAGCUACCGGAACGAUGGUCCACUGGGAUAGCGGCUACUUGAACGCAGGCGCAGCGACCUACUGCCCUUUCCUGACAUUCGAACGUGCCUAUGGCAACAAAGAACACCGGGUGGAGGCGGCAAACAAUCAAUGCGCCAUUACGGGUUCUUAUUGUGUUCGGGCAUUGCAAAUGCUGUAUGCAAGAGCAUUCAGAGAAUCAAGUGCUUGCCAGAGCUCUGGGCCACCGGUCUCAUUUUCCUGCGCCAUUGAUAACAGCUUCGCAUUGAUCAAUCUUCAUUGGCUUGAUCUGACGGACGGCCAAACGUAUUACAUGGCCCCCCUUUGCCAAUUCGAUCUCAGCAAGGAUAAACAUUUCAACAAGUUUUUGGUUUGGACACAAGUAAUCGGGGACUGGGCUCUGGCUUAUAUGUUCCCGAUAUUGAAGGACGCACUGGAGCGGCUUUCAAGGUGCACCUCACCAGUAACGCCCGCUCCUUUCUUUCCCAUCCAUCGAACCAGCAUGAUGCAGCAAACAAGAUUGCGCCUGGAUACUGGGACUGCGAUCAACAGGGAGGAUAUUCUCAUAUCGUCGUUAAAGGCGACUUACGACGACAUACCUUGGCGAUUCGAGGACAAUCCAGACUCAGGUCUUUCUUCGUCGACGGCAUCAUGGGGGUCUCCAAUGGUCGCCGAUCUCAACUUUUCCAAUAUUCGUUACCCUGCAGUCCAUCCACCCAGAAGCAAUACCUGCGUGAGUGCUCCUAAUUCAUCUGUUGUCGCUCGCCGGCGAAUCGCGAGAGCGGACCCUUCGAGGAGCGCAACGGCAGCGUCGCCCGCAUACUUGCAGGACCAAGAGACGAUAUGGCAGAAACGAUUCAACGACGCGAUGGACGAAAUCAAGGGUCUACAGACUCAGUUGCAGGCAUUCGAGCGAGAGGUGGAAAGCCUGAAGGCCUCUGGCCGGGUGGAAGCGACGUCGAAGCCCGGCUGUGAUCCGCACGCAGACGGUUUGCGUGGUUGUGGAGGGCCGACAGUUGAUCACACGCCCAUGACUCCAAAAGCCCGGGUCCCGGUGACAUUGCUGGGGGAGCCUCUGUCGAAAUCACCGAUCAUAGUAUCCUCAGCCCUGCCGUUAUGGCGAUGCGCUACCAUUGCCGUCUUGGCGCAUGUUGUGGCUCAAUUCUUUGAAAGUCGCCAUACAAGGAUGCUGGUGUAUGGUUGCACGACCAGCGCAUCUUGUUUGGCUUUGAUUGUACCGCAGCCCGCAGGCAUCUCUUUUGUGAAAGAGUUGGUGAAGAUGAAGGUGGUGCUGUUUGGGCGCGGCAAGGAGCAAUGGCGGGCGCUUUGCUGA